UUGUUUCUUCCCAUUCGAUCUCAACCUUCCCUUAGUGAAUCAAACGAAGUUAUAAAUCAGCUUCGUUCUGUGCAUUCCUGUCCUUCGCUCACACACACUUUACCGACGACUGUGUUAGAACACGAACAGGCAUCCCCAUCCAACCCACGACCUCGUAGCCCAACUCCAAAUCGUGCUCAAGCCACAGUCUCGGAUCCUUGGGAUGACCUAAAUAGCUAUGCUGCCACAUUUGUUGACGAGGUCAUUCAGUUUUCUGUGUGGCAUGUGCAGUCAUCGUCCGAGUUACACUCUGCCGCGUCACCUGCAUCCGAUUCAUUUCCACUUCCAAGUUCACCACCACAACCCGCUUCCUCAGCCUCCAGCGCGUCCGAGUUGAAAUGGACUCAAUCGUAUUCGUCUUCCCCAUCGAUGGACUUACUUUCCUCAACUCGGAAUCAACCAGACACCUGUGCAACAGAAGAACGGGCGUCCUCUUGGAAUUGCGAGCUCAUUCAGCUUGCACAACAGAUCGUGGACGAAGUGCUUGAUCUGGCUAUGACUGAAUGUAUCCAAGACACAGAAAAAUCUUCGCUGUCCGUCGGGAGUGCUGCAACAGAUACCCAAGUCUUAGCUACGAGUGAGAAUACAGAACCCACUAGUGAAAAGCAUAUGAGCGAUGAACAGACACGCUCCGUUCCAUGUGCAUCCAAUCCCAGUACACAUAGCCUAGCGGAUGAAGCUGCUCUGUUCUCGUCUACUCUGGAUGUCUGUUCUGCACGAUGCUUCAGCGAGGAAGGAUAUGCCCUAAGUGUGGCCGAGCCGGAAGAUGACGAUUCUCCGGAUGUGGAUCUAUCUACCACAUCUACGGUCUCUCUCUCGUCCUAUCUGCAUUUACAAGCUAUGAGUUCUGAAGACAGUGGUAGCGGUUCUUCCGCUCGCCCUACUUCUCCCCGAUCUGUACACCUAUUCUGGUCCCGACCCCCGAGCACACGAUGUGAUCUGAGUGACCUUGUGAUAACAACCGAACACCCGUGCACAGAUGCCACCGGUGACCGCGGCAUUGCACAGCGUGAUUCCCGUCACCAGCGACGUCGUCCUCGUCGUGAUCGGGGACGACAUCGUGAGCGGCACCCAUACACGAAACGGGCCUCUCGAAGUCUACCCAUGGAAUAUUCAUUCUCAUCAAGCUCAUCUGGUGACCGUUUGGCAACAUUAGAUCAACUAGUUGAUGAUGAUGUUGAUGAUGUAACGGGUGGAGUAAAGGACCCGUAUUCAUUGGGUGAAUGGCAGUAUCAAACUCUCAACUUCCACGUUUUACCACUUACUGAUCCACAAACAUACUUGCAUGAUCAUUGUUUGGACGUUCUACCGGUAGAUCGUCUGGAAGAGAAAUCGAUUGAAGUUCGUUUGGAUUCGGCACCACUCGGUAGGUCUUGCAUUCUAAUUUAUCCUCUCCCGCUCCUGACUAUCAUUUUCCCCGGACACGAUUACACAUUUGGGACUUCGCUUUCAGGGCAUGCACAGUAUUUGUUUCACACUAUACAACAUCAUACGAUGGGUAACAAAAAGGACAAACCCCAUAGUCGCAGGGAACUUCGCAUCACUCAUAAUAACGAGCACCGUGAACCCCAGGAAGUUGGAUGGCGAACCACAUUCGAUCCCACUGAGACAAGCGUGGGUGGUUGA